AUGGCAUUUCCCACAGAGGCAGUAUACCUGCAUGACGCUUCUCUGAGAACUCUGACUACAGAGAUCCUGACAUAUCAACCCAUCUCCUCGCUAUCCGAGGAUGAACAAGACCUAGCCAAGAACAUCAGCUUAGAUGAAUCAGCCAUGACAGUGCGCCAAACAAUCCUAUACCCCCAAGGAGGCGGCCAGCUUAGCGACACCGGCACCAUCGCCGCCUUAAACCAAGAACCCAGCUUCACCGUGUCUCUGGUCCGCAAAACACCAGACGGAAAAAUCAUUCACUUCGGAAAGCCUAGUAACGGGGACCCGACUGCUUUCGCGGAGGGCCAGAGCGUUGUGCAGACGGUCGAUGGCGCCAAACGGGACUACCACUCUCGGCUUCAUACGGCCGGCCACAUUAUCGGCGUUGCAAUGGAGAUUCUCAUGCCGAAUAUGAAAGAGCUCAAGGCUAAUCAUACGCCCAAAGAGGCGGGUAUGGAGUAUGAGGGACUUUUGUAUAAUGAGCAUAAGCCGCUGAUUCAGGCAAAGAUUGAUGAGUUGGUUCGGCAGGAUUUGCCGGUUACUGUUUCGUGGUUGGAUCCUGGCUCGAUUGUGGAUGAUCGUGCUAAGCCUGGGGAUGGUCCUGUUCGGAUUGUUAGUGUUGGUGGACUCGACCAGAGUCCCUGUGGUGGUACCCAUGUGGAGCGGACUGGUUUGGUUGGCUCGAUCAGCAUACGCAAGAUCACUAGGAAGAGUGGGGUUAGCCGGAUCUCAUAUGAAGUGAAAUAG